AUGGAAAGUGACAUUCGCCAGGGCAUCUACGUUGAAUGGGGUACCGUGGAGGGACAUCAUUAUGGUAUCAGUUUUUCGGCAAUUCGAGAAAUAAUCACUACGGGUAGAACAGCUCUGAUGGACUGCCAGUGUCAGUCCGUCCAUCUCCUUCAUCAACCUGAGUUCAAUCCCCAUGCUGUCUUUGUAUCGGCACCGAAAUUCGAAAUCGCCAAAGCUAUGAUGGAAAAUGGAAUUCGAGAAAGUCUAACAAUGAAUAAAAGAACGGUAUUCUCAAUUUUUAAAUUGUAUUCUGUUCAAUAG